CUCUCUCUCUCUCUCUCCAAAUCUCAAAUAUAAUAAAAAGAAAGUGAAGACCUUGCAAAUCCCAAAUUGGCAAACAGCCGCCUUUGUUUUCUUUCACCUGUGACUUCGAUAACCCAUUAAAGGUUUCUAGCAACUGUUUGGAUAGAUUCUGCCAUCUGGGUCUGUGUUCUUCUACUGAAUCUGAAACUGGGCUUUCUCCACUUCUCUAAGUAAUCCAAACUCAGAUAGAUCCAUGGAAUGGUAUUAUGGAAGUGGUGUUGAUGAUCUUGUUGUUCCUAGAGAUCAGGAUCCUUUAGACAGGCUUCCAUCCCCAAACAGUUGGUCUCUGUGGGGAGUUGCUGCGCAAGGCAGUUUUGAGUCCCCAAACAAAUACUUUAUUACUCAGACAAGUUCGGUUGAGGAAGAACCUGACUUCCGUGGGAAAGGGUAUGAGGAAGUUGACAUGGAUUACUCCGAACACGAAGCAGAGCAUUCUAGUGAUUCAAAUUUGUGCCAAGGAUUUCAUAAUGGCUCCCUUCAGCAGGCCACAAGUUCUUGGGAGAGCCCAGAUUAUGAGCUCAGUGACUUAGCCAGAAAUAAUCAAGCGGAUGAUAUUUUCAUGAGCUCACUGCUUGAAGAAGGCCCAACUGGUGCAGAUAAUAUGCGUGGAUCAUUUAACUUCAUUCCCGAAUUCGGGUAUGGUGUUCUGCCCACCAAUAAUCUCUUGACGGACAUGGUUACUGAGUCUGACUAUGAUCCGAGCCACCUGUUUGGCAUGGGAAGCUCGAAGUAUGUCAAAACUCAUGCCUUUUCUCCAUCAAUGAAUUGGGGGCAUGGGGAAGUUACUCCUUGCAAUUUGAGGCAAAAAGACGAUACAAAACUUAAGGUGUUCGUUGCAAGGUUUGCAGCAUCCUCUGAGGUUGAGAUGAAUGAACUUGUCAAUGAGGAAACAUCAAUUGAAGCAUCCAUCUUGCACGAGCUUCAAGGAGCAAUGGUUCAGUUGUCUGAGAAAACCAGAAUUGGCUUUCGAGAUGCUUUCUACCGUCUUGCCAAGAACUCUGAGCAAUAUAUGGAGAACCAUAGUCAAAAUGGAGAUCUCGUCUCUGAUACGGUUCAUGGCGAGAGCCGCGAGACAUUGAGGUCUGAGAACACGAAAACUGUGGAAUCAGAGACAAAUUCCAUUGACAGGGCCAUUGCUAAUCUACUCUUCAAUAAGACGGGGUCCGUACAGGAAUCUAAUGGAUCAGCAAGACUGUGCAACUACAACUUGAGUCUGACACAGCCGCCUCAUUACCCUCAGCACACACGUUUAAGCAGUGAUGCUCUAGUUCCAAUCUUCAGUUCUAAAGAGAAGCCACCAGCAGGAGGAGACUGUAAGUUCAAGUAGCGAUUAGAAGAAACUAAUGACGGGUCCAAAGAACAUUGGAAUUUCCUGAGGUGCAGUAAGUUGUUAUAUAGGUACCUGUGCAUAUUGGGCGUGUAUUAGGUAGUUAAUAGAGGGUGCAAGUACUUGCGGCAUCCGCUCAAUUUUGGUUAGUACCUCAAUGAGUUAUGUAUCUGUUCAACAAAAGAAGAGAAAAGGAGUGAAAAGAGUAUCAAGUAUGUUGGAUUGUAAUUUUGCUCUUAUUUUUGUCGCAUUGUUGAUCACUGUUGUUUUGCCAUGUAAUUAUAUUUGGUCGCUUUGUUGGUUUGUUUUGAAUAUAGUUCAGUGGUACUUCAAGAA